GGCUUCAGUAAUAAAACGUCCCAUCUGUGGGAAUUAUUGGACAGGCGCUUAUCUUUGAUGCCUAAAUGCGACCAGGGGCCUUUACAUUUACGCAUGCGCAACAAAUGUUGCUGCCGUAGCCACACAGCAGCACGGAGAUCCAACUCACUGGGGAUGGUCAUUUCAUUUUUAAAACCAAAAUCAGCGUUAUAUCAUCACAAAAUGAAGUUUCCUUACUCAUAGAUUCGUGCGACUAUGGUGAGGACAAGGUUUCCCAUGCUGCAUUAGUGGAAUAGUGACAUGCUGGCCUGUCUGCCAGCAUCAGCUGACCCUACCGUCGGACUUCUCUCCCUCUCUCACGCAGAUGAACACUGGACUUCAGAAAUGGGAAACUAUACAGAAGAUGAGAUCUGCCAGCUGUCCGACCCCAGCAGAAUUGGAUGCCUAUGCUAAGAAAGUUGCCAACAACCCUCUAACUAUCCAGAUCUUCCCCAACAGUGUCAAAGUACCUCAGAGGAAGCACAUUCGACGCACAGUCAACGGGCUUGACACAUCCUCGUCCAGCCAGCGCCACAGUCCCUACCCCUCUCAAGUGAGUGCCAGUGGGGGCCUGCUGGCUGUCCUCCGUACACCUGCCAAAAGUGUGGUCAAAGAGUCGGACGGUAGCCGCACCCGACAUCUUCAUAAGGCCGUCAUGAACCCUCACAGUGGGCCAUACACCACACAAAGCACUUUAAAUCUUCCUCAGCCUACAGCUCACUUACAGGGCCCCUCUCAACUUGCUGCCCAGAAACAGGGCAUGGUUCACCCACAGGCACUACAGCAGCAGCAAAGCAUGACUCAUCCCAUGACCUUACAGCAGCGUCAAACCAUGCCUCACCCACAGGCUUCACAGCAAAGGAACAUGGCUCAUCCACAGGCUCCGGGACAGCGACAGCAGAGUUUGUCCCAGGUUCAGACUUCACAGCAGCAAAAAUUAUCUCAUCCACAAGUCAUACAGAGGCAGCAGAGUCUGCCUCACACCCAGGCUCUGCAGCAACAGCAGAGCCAGUCUUGUCCAGUCAUACCACAGCAGCAUCUUUCUCAUCUGCAGACACUAAAGCACCAGACUGCUCCUCUGCAAGCUUUACUUAAACAAACAGGAGUGACUCAGGAUCUGCGCCACAUGCCUGAUGGAGCUCAGCUUCCGAGCCUGCAGCACACCCAGGGGCUUGUUGGCUCACAGCCUCUUUCCCAGGCUGUGGAUGCAGGACCUCUUACGAUGCCCAACAGCCUCCACCAGCCCCCAGUGGGGGCAUAUGGAUCCCGGAAGCUCCCUGACGCAGACGCCCCACCAAAUGUAACUGUAUCUACCUCCACCAUCCCACUGUCCAUGGCAGGCAGUCUGAAUCAGAACCGGCCUGGUGACCUGAGCAGCAUUGUGCACCAAAUCAACCAGCUGUGUCAGGCACGGGCUAGCAUGGGCACUACUUCAGUCUGUGAGGGCCAGAUUGCAAACCCCAGCCCCAUUAGCCGAAAUCUGCUGAUCAGCGCCAGUUCCAGGGUGUCCUCUCACCACCUGGCUUUGGGUUCUGUGCCCGGCUGCCUCAUGGUGGGACCCCCAGACAAAGCUCCACCUCAGACUCCCAGCGCGGCCCUCCAUUCACAGCCCAAUAUAGCUGCUACAAACAGUAUACCUGCUUUUCACACGGAUCCAGAGAAGGUACAACUGCAGCAGCAGCAGCUUCAGCACCAUUUGCAUCAGCAGAAACAGCAACAGUUACAGCAGCAGCAGCAACAUUUACAACUACAGCAGCUGCAGCAGCAACAGCGCUCCUGGGCCCAGCAUCAAUUGGCCCACAUGCAGCAGCACCCUGAGGGGGCCCAUCCCUGCAAGAACCCAAGGAUGGAUCCCUCAGCUGAGUGUGCAUUCCCCUCUCGGAACCUCAACUAUUCCCACAAGACACCCAACAGUGCACAGUCCUUUCCUCUAAAACACCCAGCAGAAAAACCACACCCAUCAUCCCCUGUUAACUGCCCAGUGGGAUCUAUGCCUUACAUUAAUGGCCACUGCAUGCAGCCACUGUGGGGCAGCAUCCCAGCCACAACAGGUAACAAUGGAUCCGUCCCUCAGGAUCUCCCAGUGGCUCUCCAGGGAGGGCAGGCUACUGCCUCCACUGACCGUAUCCCAGGGGCAAAGUACAGGCCAGACAAAGAGGCUCCUACUGUCCAGUCAAAGUUGAUGCAGAAUGUGGAUUUCUUAGGAGGGGACUUCCAGAUUCCCAGCUUUCAGGAGCAGAACAUGGAUGUAAUGGAGAAGAUGCACAGAUCAGCUAUGGGCCAUGUUCAGGAACCCAGCAUCCACACUCAUCACCCAGGCUACCUGUAAAGCGUGCACCUUUCCUCAUUCUGUGUGUUUUUGAGGUUUUCUCAACAGCUACGUUCAGCUUCUGUGGUUUAUCUUGCAAGUGAUCAAUUACAUUUCCCUGCUUCAGAGCUUGAUUUGUAGACCCACCAGGUUGUGGUAUUCCUCAGGUCUUAAGCCAUGUCAUCAUACCUUUAUUGCAGAUGAAGGGAUUCUGAGAUUUUUGUCCACUGACUAGAAAUCAUCUUUUCAUCACUGGCAUGGAUGUGCUGCUCUUCAUUCAUGUAUCUGUAGUGUUCUAGGAAUAUGCCUGCCAUAUGAUUGUCAGUGCUUUUCCUAGGUUGACAAGGAAUAACUCACCCUUUUUCAGCAUUUGUGAAGAAUUUAGAAACUGGCCAAAAGGUAAAAUUUAGAAUGUCCUUGUGUAAUGGUUUCAUGUGCAAAUUGUUAUUCAAAUGGAUCACAAACCUGUAAAGAGGAUAAAUAAGUUGCAUGUAUAUGCAAUUAAUAAGAUAAGGCUUUUGUAUCAGGAGCUUCCUUCCAUAGUUGAGUUGAACACUUGCUCAAGAGCCACUUCUAUCAAGAAUACAACAUGGCUUCUGAAGUGCACUGUGACUGGUCCAAGUAGUUUUGGCAUCAUACGGCGUGCAACAAACCACUAAAUAUCACUGUUGAGGAGAACCUUUGUCAAAAAUAAGAAAUGCCAGCACUAGCAAAAGCAGCAGGAUUCUUAAUUUCUGAGAGUCAUGUAAAUUUUCAAAUUGCUCUUAUGUUUAGAAAGUCUAAAGUGCCCUCUCGAGUGUAAUAUUUCAAAACGUGCUUUUGAAGAAGUCAUUUUAUUCCUAUUUGUUUUGUAUGUCUUUAGUUAGUCCUAUUUGAACUGUAGAAAUUACUUUUAAAUGUUAUGCUAAACAUUUGGCAAAAGGAGCAAAGACUCCAUUAGCCCCCGUGUGUCUAUAGCUAAUAUGAAACUGAAUGGAUCAAAUUAUUAUGAAAAUGGUUUAUAUAUGUCAGUACGUGAAAAGCAAAUUGAUCACUUGCAAGAAUGCAAGUACUUUGAAUAAUGCAAGCUGGGAAAAUGUUUCAUUUCCCCUCCAACACACUGACUCACCACUUUACUACUGUAAUGAUGAUAAUGAUAAUCACUUUACUGGCCAAGUAUGUUACACACACACACACACACAAGGAAUUUGUCUCCGGUACCGAACCGAGGCAGCCAUCUGUGGCGCCAACUCACACACACACCUAUGAUGGCACUGUUCUGGCCAUUGGGAGCAUCUUGGGGUUCAGUGUCUCGCCCAAGGACACUUUGACAUGUGGACUGGGGAGAACGGGAAUCGAACCACCAACCUUCUGGUUGGGGGAUGACCGCGCUACCUCCUGAGCCACAAUGCAAAUGAACUGAUGUGUGGCUUCUGGGCCUGUUCAGCUACUGAUCACUGGCAGAAUCCUGUAUUGUAUUUUUUGCUACCUAUAAAAAAAAAAAAAAA